AUGUAUCUAUUCAUUGAAUUAUUUCUUCUAUUAUUAAUAACAAUUAUAUCAACAAAAAGUGAACAAAGACAAUGUCAACCUAUCACUUAUUAUGAAUGUAAAAAUAUUGGAUAUAAUCAAACUUAUCUACCGAAUAAAUUUAAUCAUCAAGAUCAGAAAGAUGUUGCACUUGUGAUUAAUCAAUUUACUGCAUUAAUUGCUGUUGGUUGUUCAUCUGAACUUCGUUUUCUUCUUUGUUCAAUUUAUAUGCCAUUAUGUUUAGCAAAUUAUUCGGAUUCAAUUCCACCUUGUCGAGAAGUUUGUGAACGUGUUCGUCGACCAUGUGAAUCAUUUUAUACAAGAUAUGGUUUUAUAUGGCCUGAUGCUUUAAAAUGUGAACAAUAUCCGUCAAGUAAAGAAAAUGCUAUUUGUAUGGAUCCAAGAAAAGAUGAAGCUGCUAAAUCAUCAGUACGAUUACCAUCUCGUUCAUCAAAAUCAUGUUGUCAAUGUAAUACAUCAGUUGGUUAUCAACUUAUUGAUGAAGAUGAUUAUUCAACAAUAAAAAAAUGUUUACCACCAUGUCGUUCAGCUUAUUUUUCUGAUGAACAAUCGAUAUCAAUGAUAAAUAUAUGGUUAACUAUUCUUAGUAUAUUAUGUGCUUUAUCAUGUACAUUUGUUUUAUUAACAUUUUUUCUUGAUAUGACAAGAUUUAAAUAUCCACAACGACCAAUUAUAUUUUUAUCAUUAUGUUAUUUUUUUGUUUCAUGUGGAUAUUUAAUACGUUUGAUGCUUGGACAUGAAAAUGUGGCAUGUAAAUUCAAUAAUAAAAUUGAUUCAUUAUCACCAUAUACUCAACUUGUUCGUGUAUCUGGUCCAUCAAGUUGUGCAUUUGUAUUUGUGCUAACUUAUUUUUUUGGUAUGGCAUCAUCGAUUUGGUGGGUUAUAUUAACUUUAACAUGGUUUCUUGCUGCUGGAUUUAAAUGGUCAUCAGAAGCAAUAGCACAUUAUUCACUUUCCUAUCAUCUUAUUGCUUGGUUAUUACCUUGUUUACAAACAGUUGCUAUAUUAAUAUUAAAAGGUAUUGAUGGUGAUCCUAUUAGUGGUAUAUGUUAUGUUGGACAUACAGAUUCAUCGAUGUUACGUGGAUUUGUUUUAUUACCAUUGAUAUCAUUUUUAACUAUUGGUACAAUAUUUUUAUUAGCUGGUUUAAUAAGUUUAAUGCGUAUACGAAAUGUUAUAAAAAUUCAAGAUCGUAAUAAAACAAGUAAAUUAGAAAAAUUAAUGGUUAGAAUUGGACUUUUUUCAAUUCUAUAUACAGUUCCAGCAACAUUUGUUAUUGGAAUUUAUUUUUAUGAAUUACGCUAUCGUUCAAUGUGGGAAGAUAAUCUUCAUUGUAAUAAAUGUCCUCAUUUAUCAACAAAAUCUUAUUCAACUUGGUUUAUUCAACCAAGUUUUACAAUUUAUAUGUUAAAAUAUUUUUUCUUAUUAAUUGUUGGUAUUAUUACUGGUUUAUGGAUUAAUUUCAAUAGUAAAACAUUUUUAACAUGGAAAAGAUUUUUUUGUUGUCAGAAUAAUCCAAAUAAUAAUAAUAAUUCAAAUAAUAACAAUAAUAAUUCUGAUCAUCUUCAUCAUCAUCAUCCAUAUAAACAACAUCCACGUUAUGGUAAUCAACGCGGACGUGAUGAUUUUGGAAUAAACUAUUCUUAUAAACAUACAAAAAUUAAUGGAAGUAAAUAUUCUCUUCCAUCAACAAAACAAGUGCCUUUAGCCCAUGUAUAA